UCUUUUUGGUGCGAUUACGUGAACGACUGUCCGGACGGGUCGGACGAGAAUGACUGCCAAAGCCAUCGCCGAAAGUGCCGCUCCGAUGAGUACGAGUGCGAUAACGGCCAGUGUAUUGGCCGCCGGUAUCAGUGCUUUUUGGCGGCCGACCAGCGGAACGGUUGCGCCGACGGAUCCAAUCUGAAGAACUGUUCCCAAUGGCAGUGCUCUGAGGAUCAGAUCAAAUGCGCCGAUAGUUACUGCGUUGACGGACAGCUCAAAUGCAACGGAAAGAUUGAGUGCCCAAUGCUUUCCGAUUGGGCCGACGAAGACAAUUGCCCAUUUUCGUGUUCAUCAGACAAUCGGUGUCCGUGUAUUGACACCACUAUUGACUGCACAGAUGUUGGUCUCGAAGAGAUUCCCAAUAAUAUUGAAUUAGAGAUAUUGCGGAUGAUACUUAAAGGCAAUCAAUUGGGAAAGAAUUUGAAACUGAAAAUGUUUGUAGGCUUUGAGAGAAUGCAUACAAUAGACUUGAGUGAGAAUCAAAUUACAUAUUUGCCUCCGGGUUUGUUCAAGAAUCUGUGGAAACUCAGAAUACUGCAUUUGAAAAACAAUAUGAUCGAGAACUUGGAUCCGCACACAUUCGCUGGACUUCCAAACUUGGGAACAGUAGACUUAAGUCAUCAGAAGAUCGGAGUUCUGUCGAAGAAUGCAUUUUUGGGAUUACGUUCACUGAGCACACUAGAUUUAUCAAAUAAUGUGAUCACAGAUAUAGACGACGGAGUGUUCAGCGGAUUAAUCAAAUUGGCCUCUUUGUGA